AUGGUAAUAGCAUGCUUCUCGGUCAUCUCAACCCCGGUUGCCGAAGAUUACUAUCAGCUAGUUCUCCAAUGGCCGUCAACCUAUUGUCUUACCGUCAACUACAGUUCCUCUUGUAGUUCACCACAUAAGAUCACUAUACAUGGAAGUUGGCCUAGUUACACUACUAAUCGAACACCAAACUACACUGGAAAUGGGAAUGGGAAUAACCAACCUGCUGAGCUGAUUGCGAGAUUUCUGGAUGAAAAGCUUCGUGCUGGGAAUAAGGGUACUUCUGAGGAAGAAUUGGAGGGUACUCUUGAUAAAGUUCAGGUUUAUUCAGCAUUUUAUAAGAAGGAUCUUGCGAAAAGGCUGCUUCUGGUAAAGAGCGCUUCCAUUGAUGCGGAGAAAUCCAUGAUCUCUAAGCUAAAGACACAGAGUGGUAGCCAAUUUACAAACAAACUUGGAGGAAUGUUCAAAGACAUUGAAUUAUCAAAAGAAAUAAAUGAAUCCUUCAAACAAUCACCCCAGGCCAGGACAAAACUCCCGUCCGGGAUUGAGUUGACUUUACAUGUUUUAACAACAGGGUACUGGCCAACAUAUCCGCCCAUGGAUGUUAGACUUCCUCGUGAAUUGAAUGUCUACCAUAUAGCUCUUUCAAUUGCAGGUUGUUUCAUUUACAUUUUCAAGGAGCUCUACUUAAGCAAGUACAGUGGGAGGCGCUUCAUGUGGCAAAAUUCAUUAGGUCAUUGUGUGUUAAAAGCUGAAUAUCCUAAAGGUAAAAAGGAGCUGGCAGUUUCUCUGUUUCAGACUGUUGUUUUGGUGCUCUUUAAUGAUGCUGAGAGGCUAAGCUUUCAAGAUAUUGAGGACUCCACUGAUGGACUUUGA